UUGGAACCAGUAAACGCACACACUCUCGUCUUUCUGCACCCCGCUGCCCGCAUUGUGUGUGUGUGUGUGUCUGUCUGUCGGACGUUAGAAGAGAAUAAAUCGUUCGAGCUGUCCGUGCUACUACCCUUGGCCAGUACCAAAGCAGCUAUCAGCAUCCUAAAGACGGACCCGGGAUCCGUGCAGGGGCCGUACAGAGGCGUCCACGGCCUGCUUUGUACCCGGCGGCGGAGCAGCUGCAGCCGAACGCCUCUCGAGAUGCUCCGGGCUCUCUGCUGCAGACGCACAAUAACACCGACGCCGGCCUGGGGAUACAGCGAUGAUUUUCAGACGGAGAGCCAGCAUUCCACUCUGCUUCUCUCAUAUACACCCUCCCUCGCUCCUGAUUCACCUGCCCUCCUCCACUCCCCUCUAACAUUUUCUCUUACCCUUCAUUGUCUCCACUUUUACCUUUUGUAUCUCUUUAUCCACUCAUUUACUCUUUCAAUCAACCCAUCAACCUACCAAUCCAAUUUUUACCUACCUGCCCUUCCACCCCUCCUUCUAGGAUGUUGCGGUGGCUGGUUGGUGGUCGGGUGGGUCCAGUCUGGAUGUGGAAAGCGCUGCUAAUCUUUGUUGCUAUUGGCUUCGCUGGCCAGCUGUUGGGGGUCAUCUUCAACAAGAGCAUCCACACAGCUGGUCGCUCCAUCUUCACGUCCCCUGAUGCCCAGGGGCCCUCUCUGGGCUCCUGUCAGCCCCACACCCACAUCAUGUUCCUCAAGACACACAAGACAGCCAGCAGCACGGUGCUCAACAUGCUGUACCGCUUUGGGGAGGAGCGCAACCUCCGCUUCGCCCUGCCACUGGGCUACCAGCUGGGAUACCCACUCCCAUUCAACGCCCACAGGGUUAAAGGUUACCGAGGUCGAGGAGCCAUGGAGUACCACAUCAUGGGCAAUCACAUGAGAUUUAACAAGCCCGAGGUGGAAAAGGUGAUGCCUGCAGACACGUUCUAUUUCUCCAUCAUCAGGAACCCGGUUGCUCUGGCCGAGUCCUCCUUUGCCUAUUAUAAAGAGGUAGCACCUGCCUUUCGGAAAGCGAAGACCUUGGGCGACUUUGCUGACGACCCUAGGAAAUACUACGACCCUCGUCUGCGCAACAACCACUAUGCCCGAAACGUGUUGCUGUUUGACUUUGGCAUGGACCACAAUGCCAAUUUCUCAGAGGCACUGGCUCGGCGAGCGGAGCAAAUGAUCCGCCAGACCUUCAAGCUGAUUCUAGUGUCCGAGUACUUUGACCAGUCCAUGAUCCUGCUGAGACACGCCCUCUGCUGGCCGUUGGACGCCGUCGUCUCAUUCAGCCUCAAUGCCCGGCAGCAGAAGCCAAGCAUUCUAGGUGGGAUGAGCGGGAGCUGGGUGGGCAAAGUGGCGACGGCGGCUGGUGUCGGUGGAAAAGGGGGGCGCUCACAGGCCAAGACAGCCACCAAUGUAACAGAGGAGCAGCGGGAGAAGCUGCGGCAGUGGAACGCCCUCGACUGGCACUUAUACAAAUCCUUCAACCGGACCUUCUGGGAAGAAAUACAUCGCUUUGGUCACGCCCAGAUGGAGGAGGAAGUAGCUCUUCUCAGGAUGCGCCGGGAAGAUCUGGCUCGGGUUUGCCUCAGGGACGGCGGCAAGCCCGUGGAGGCUCAUCGGAUCCGAGACAAAAACAUCCGCCCGUACCAGAGUGGUUUGGUGAAGAUACUUGGCUACGAGCUCCAGCCGGGACUGGACAAUGCCACCAGGACGUCCUGCCUCAGGAUGAUCCGGCCCGAGAUCCAGUACAAAGAUGUGCUGGAUGCGAAGCAGUUUCUGCGGCCUCUGAUGGCCCAAGCCCAGCCUGUGCAACAAAACCAGGGUCUGAUGGUUGCGGCCGGCAACUCUCUUCUAAGACAAGACUCUUUCAGGACAGGAGAGAGGCCGUUUGGAGGGGAGGCUGGACGGAGGACUGUGGAGGAGGUCGAGAGAGACUGGGCCAGAAGCCGCUCAGUGAGGAGAAACCAGACUUUGCUAGGGGAGCCAGAUAAAGGACGAAUGAGAUAAGGUGUGAGGUGAGUCUGGUUUCUUAACACGGUACCUUUGGUCUCUGAACAGAUGGACUGAUGAAACUGGAAACUGAGCCAGGAGCAGUUUACACAUGAGAAGACAGAAAAGCUCCUUCUUUGCACUUCCACUUCCACUUUUUCAGUUGUUUGCUUGUUUCACUACAGUAUUUGCUUUUGGUUGGUGUAAUUCUCAUGGAUUACUUAACUAUUGGGAUGAAAGGGAAGGAAAAGGAAAAGCACUUUUUAGUGCUGUCUGUACCUUCUGCCUGAAACCUGUUUUAUUCCCUGUUAGUGUUAAUACUUUUAAGAAUGAAAAUGUCCAUGUUUUCCUUGGCACACAUGCUUUAAACUUCUCGACAAAGGUACACGUAACCCCGUUUUUUGCCUCUCAUGCAGUGCCGUCACAUUGAGCUAAGCAACCGCUCUGAUAAUACAAAAAAAGCCUGGCAAUCUUUGAAAAAAACACAACAAUCCACACAAUCCUUUCGAUAAUUGUGACUGUGUAUCAAAGAAAAGCACGGCAACCAGAAAUAUUAAUGACUCCCCCAUGUACAAACAUUUAAAAUAUUUAUUGCUAGUCAUGCCUGUCUAUAUUGAUUUUUUCUUCCAAUAAUUAUUAUUUGAAUGCUAAAUAAUGUAUAUAAUGUAAAAAAAAAAUGAGCAUGAACAUCUUUUAUUUCUCUCCACUGACACUGGACUAUGGUCAAAACACUGCUUUUUUAAAAAUUGUACAGCAGGAGGAAUUUAUUUUCAUUCAGAGCUACAACACUAAAUGUCUUGAAAGAAUCUUCUGGGUUUUUCCACUGAUUGCACACUAUUGCUCUGUUACUUUGGUAACGCAUAAGAGGCACACAUUGAUGUCAGAGUAUGGUACAACACCAAUAUCCCUUUAUAAAGUCACUGUAUGCUGGUACUUGUUCAUGGACGAAAAUAAUUAGGAUAAGUGUUCUAUUUCUCCGUCCCAAAGUCUUGAGUUUGGCUUCAAAGACACCGAGUCCUGUCCAGAGCCACUGACCUGACCCGCUUCUUAAAUAUCUCUCAAUAAUACAGGAGGUGAAAAACGAUCCCGAGACCUGUACUUCUGUUCAGUGCCUGCCGGAGUCAGUUUGAUAUCAACAGUUCCUUCCUUUCACCAUCUGCUAAAUUAGGCACACGACUCAUGCUGAGGCAUUACCAUGGUGACCCAUUUAAAAGAGAAAUUCAUGUUGUUGUUGAGCAAAAUAAACAUCAAAGCAGAUGUACGUUGAA